ACCAUAUUGUCUUCCAUGUGUUCAAACAUGAUUGUCAUUUCUGUUCCCUCAACUCUUGCUUUCUUGCAACACAAGGGCGGCUAGUAUUUUUUUUCAUGCCUUCUUUGUCCUUUUACACACUUCCAAGUAGUAUUAUAUAAGGGCCUAACCACAUCAACUUCCCAUAGUCCCAUACUACUCUACUUUUAGAUUUUCCAACAAAAGAAACUGAACAUCUUAAAUUGAAAAAACAGAGAAAGAGGAAAGGCCAGAGAGAGAGAGAGAAAGAUGAUCAAGUUGAGGUCAAAGAGAAGCAUCUCGAAGCUUGGCAAUGGGAACAAAGCAACAUCCCCAGCUGAAAAGGAUUGCAGAAGUUUCACUGAAGUCAAAUGGGAACUCAGGCCUGGUGGCAUGCUAGUCCAAAAAAGAGAGAGCAAUCUUGGUGAAGGGGAUGGAUUGAUCACCAUCAGAGUCACUACUGUGUCAAAGUGGCAUGACAUCUCUAUUGAAUCCACCUCAACAUUUGGGGAAUUAAAAAUGAUUCUGUCACUGGUAACAAGUUUGGAGCCAAGAGAGCAGAGGCUUCUCUUCAAAGGUAAAGAGAGAGAUGACAGUGAAUUCCUGCACAUGAUUGGGGUUAAGGACAAAGACAAAGUUCUGCUGCUUGAGGACCCAGUUCUCAAGGAGAAGAAGCUACUUGGCUUGGCUAGAGGUCAAACAUUUAACAACCCUUGUUGUACCAUCAGCGUAUGACUCUAACUGAUCCAACUCACUACUAGUUUUUUUUUUUUUUUUUAUAAGCAAAAUAAUUAUAUUGAAAUGAAGUACAAGGGGUACUUCAACCCAAUACAAAUAGGAAACAAUAAGAGAUUAACAGUAACAACAUUGACAAAGGCAAGGAUAAAAAUCUUUCUACUGCUAAACUUACCCACCCCCUCCCUUGGAAAUCGACUCUACAAAAGUGGCCUCAUUAAAACCUUAUUAGGAAAAACCCCCUUAGGAAAACCUAAUAAGGAAAAAGAGUACCACUUUUCUAGAAUCAAAAGGGUUUUAAUUAGUAACCGAAACUAAAGCCUUAUCCCACUAUCUAAGGUGUCUAUACGAAUUACUGAUGCAUAUGAAAUCUAUUGGCGAGUUUCAAGUUGUAUGCUGACUGUGGAAAACCUAACACAACCUUCCUCUUUAUUACCAAGACUAGAACAAAGUGCAAUUUAUUGUAAUGAUGGGUCUCUGUUCACUUUUGUUAGAAUAGAAACUUUAUUAUGUACUUAUCCGGUGACUGAAGCUUUGGUUGAUAUAAAAUUGUGUAAGCUGAUGCAGUGCCAUGUCUGGUUUGCUUUAUUAUAAGAAGGAUUGAUUCCUUUUGUAUUGUACAA